AUGGACGACGAAUUCGAUCAUGACAUGCUAUUCGAGUUCGAGAGCCCCGUAGCAUCUCCUGGCAGUCGAGAUGCUUUCCUUCUAGACGCCCCUCAACUCAGCCGUCAGACCAAGCACAACGACGUAAUUGCUCAGAUUGAAGCAGUCUUUGAGACUGUAGCAGAUGCUCUACUCAACGAAAGGGCUGACAUAACUGUAUCAUUGGCUGCUCAUUCAACGAGCAGUCAAGAUGACCCGUCGACCCGAGGUCCUAAAGCGACCUUCACUUUCCCUGGAAAGAACGCCAGUGAUGCUUGGAGAUUCUCUGUGGUUAUCAGGAUUCUUGAGCUUAUUCACGAGUCACUCUCCGACGGCGUCAUCUUGACCAAACGAGAUCUGUACUAUCGCGAUCCAGCUUUGUUCGGUAAGCAAGCAACUGUCGACCGCUAUGUCGACCAGAUUGCCGCCGCUUUUGCCGUACCUAGGUCAUCUCUCAAUGUGACUGCCGGAGUCAAAGGCUUGAUGGCCGGAGCCGCUGUGAUCCAUCGACGAGAUGGUUCAAAGAUUGGCCUUACCAAUGUGCAGAAUGGUGUUCUUGUACCAAGCAUGGAAGAAGUCUUGUCUGUAGACCUGAGUCGAGUCAGGUGGAUACUUGUCGUUGAGAAAGAGGCGACAUUCCAAUCAAUCAUCUCGUCCGAAUUCUGGCAGGAGAUGAUGUGGCAUGCCGUAAUUGUCACCGGCAAGGGUUAUCCAGAUAUAGCGACUAGAGCGAUAGCUCGCUUCAUGAGUAUUGCCUCGCCUCAGAACGGCUUCGCAGAACCUCCAGUCUUUGGCCUUGUGGACUACGACCCCGACGGCAUGGCGAUAUUACACACAUACAAGCACGGCUCGAAGAAAAUGUCUGAAGAUAAUGCUGCACUUAUCGUGCCGACAACACAAUGGAUGGGUUUGCGCAGUCGGGAUAUUACGGACGAAGACCACACCCAUCGGAACCAAGGACUAAUGCCCUUGACUCGGCGAGACCGCCACAAAGCCAGGAAAAUGCUCGAGUGGGAACAGUUCAGUGAUCUCGAAGAAGCGGCACAGUGGCGGCGUGAGUUGCAGGUCAUGCUGAUGCUCAAUCUGAAGGCAGAAAUACAGAUUAUCGAUUCCGACCCAUCUGGUCUCGCAAAGAUGAUAAAGUAUGCUGUAAAAGACACAUGAGCCCGCUACACUUCAGACUUCAGAGGGAAAUCCAACUUUCUACAAGGCGGCACGUCGAUGCGAGGACGCAUUGUCCAAGGAAUUGAGUCGGACACGAUUAGAAAAUAUUCCGAGGGUUGCUGACUAUGCUCGAUAUGUAGCCGGAAUGACUGGCUACAAAUUCAACAUCACUCUGCUUACAUGCGGGG